AUGGCGAGGAAGUGCUUCGGCGACGGCCGCAGCGGCAGCUCGGGGCUGUUCCUGCUGGGAGCCGGUCCCGCCCGCUGGCGCUUCUCCGGAGGCAGAGGCGGCGGCGGCGCACCGCCGUCGCCGACCGCCACGAACAGCGCCCUCUUGGGAGCCAUUGGCCGGACCCGGACCCUCCCUCGCAGCCUGGUCGAUCUCUCCCUGCUCCUCUGCUCUCUGGCUCCUCCUCAAGUCCUGGCCGCCGCCGCCGCGUCGGAGGGGACAGAGGAGCAAAAGCCGAUCCGCAGUACUUGUCUUAAAUGGAGAUCCUACUUCUGCAGAUUUACCAUCUUUGUUUUCUUUGGUGAUUCCCUCAAGGAAUACUAG